ACUCGGGUGCAUUUAUUGAGAGCCACAAGUAAUCCUUCAAACAGUGUGUGGCUCGCGAGCCGCAGGUUGGCCACCCCUGUCUUAAAUGAUUCUCAAAUCCUACUUUCAGACAAACAUUAUGGGGUGAAGACUACUCAGGCCAUAAAUCAGGCGUGGUAAGUUUUCAUCUAUCAUUGCAAGAUGAAUAGACCCAAAUAUAUUCUGAUGUUUUUGUAGAGCACAUGCAAACAGAACUUCCUGCAAGGGGUGAUUAGAUAAACUUAUUUUAAGUAACACUACUGCUCUUCUUAUAGGCUUAUCAAAUGAGAAAGGUGCUUCAAUCAAAUCUUUCAUGGAAGCAGAUUUAUCUCCUCUUGAUAUUCAGCGUUUCUAUGACCUACAGAAUGAUGUCAACCACACUGUGCCUAAGGGAGACCAGAGCAUCUCAGAAAGAGGUGGUGACCUUGCAAAGGAAAACACACAGUGUUCUACGAAUAAUAAUGAGGCUUCAUCAUCAGCAAUUAAUAACCAGCAGAAGCCUCCUACUGAAAGUAAUCCAGUGGCACCCUUGCCUUUGUUGACAGUUUUGCAGUUGCAAGUAUCUGAAAUGAGUGAUGACUCAUCUCCUCAAGACUCUUAUAUUUCAAACUCCUCAAGUUACUCCUUUUCUUAAUUGCUAAAACGCUGCAUUUUUUUUUCUAUAAAAACCACUCCAACAAAUCUGAAACUUUUAUUUUUUAAAAGUUUCAGAUACUCUAGACAAGACUGUUACUAUAAUUACUACUUUAUGAAUAUGAUGUACAGUUACUUUUUGUCAAUGUAUCAAAUUAUUUUUUACCUGCAGUAAUUAUAUUUUCUAUUCAUAUUGGACAUAUCUAGAAUUAUUUGAUUACUAAAUUCAAACCAAAAUUCAUUUCGAGGUUUGCUUUUUAUAUUUUGAUUGCAAAAGGAAGAUGAAGUUACUUUAAACAAAACUUACCUAUUGUUUAAUUAUGAAGUGUUUUUAAAUUAUUUAUGACAUAUAAUAAAUUAUGAUAUGUUAGUAAAUUUGAGCUUAUAUUUAUAUCAAUCUUUGUUAACUCAUAAUUAUAAUUCUUAAGCAAAGGCAGAAAAAGAAAUUAUUUGUAACAUUUAGGAAGCCUGGGCCUCUCAAGCCUUAUGAUAAAUCAGGCUAUGCAAUGGCACCAUUCUAAGAUAUACUCUUCAGGAGCUAAUAUCAUUUUUUUCAGCUGGACAAAGUUUUUAGCAUGACUAUUGCUAAAGAGAACAAAUGUAAUAAUAUGAUUUUUUAAAAAAUAUAACUAAUGCUUGAACUGAGAGAUAACGUCAACAAAUUACAAGCUAAUGUGUAACUAAAAAUUACGGAAGAGUUGCGAAAAUAAAGUCAUUGGAAAUUAAACUAAACCUAAUAACAUUGUUUAUGCCGGUCACUGGUCUAGUGGUUACUGUACUGGACUAGUGGCUGUGAGUUCGAAGCCCACUGUAGGCAUGGAUGUAAUUUUCUCUCUCUGUCCUAUGUCCUUUCUUCUGUGUGAAUGUAACCUGCCCUAUAAACGGGUUUGUGGUUGUAUGACGUGGGCGACGCUAUUCAACCGCCAUGGCUUAGCCAGAGGUGCCCACUGGGAAACGAUAAGAGAG